AUGGGUUUGAGGAAGCAGCCAUCUCAGGAUACAGAUACCCCGGAGAGUUGGAAUACCUUAUCAUCGCACUUGUCCUUACAUUCUCCUGUUGCCUCCGCCUCACCCAACUCCAACCCCUCAGCAUCAAAGCUGCCCAGUGCCGUUGCAUUGAACCAAAGUCCUGUGCCGAGUUACAAUGUGGCGUCCGAUGAAAUGCCCAACACCUGGGUGCAAGAACUGGCAUAUCGCCCAGCUGCCAGGAAAACGCCACCUUCCUCUCGCGUUGGUGAGUCAGAUUUCCUGCCGCCGUCGGAGGAGCACGGCAGAUCUGAGAACGAGACGCAGAUCCGAAAUUCACCUUAUGGACAGUAUGAGGGAGUGCGUGGCGGUGCUUCUGUUAUUGCUUCUAGAAGUGAGGCCUCAGUUGGCUCUUCUUUUGGUGAUGGGCUCCCUUUCUCCAGCACUGGUCGGUUUCAGUCAAAUAACCCCUUAAUGAUAGCCAGACAGACCAAUAAUGGCGCAUCGAAAUACCCUAUUCAUGUUCUAGACCCAUUUGAUUUUCCACAAACAAGCAGUUUGGAUCAUAACCAAUGUGCAGGGAAAUCCGUCGCCCAGUCGCCUAGUCCCCAUGGCCUAGAUGGGGAAUUUUCACAAUUACCACCUCCGAGGCUUCGAGACAGUAGUUACGGGCUUGAAGAUAAAACUGUGUCGCUCGAGGCAGAAACAUCUUGCUCGUCCGAGGAAAAAGGAAACGACACAGUCACUUCUGAUACCAGGUCUGUAGUAAUCCAACCCUCAGUUACAUACCCUCAAUCUGACAAAAUCGACAUUGUCGCCCAAAGUUUGAGGCCUGCAGAUCUAAACAUUCAGGAAACCCUCAAAUCCACAGAACUUACCCAGACAGUUACAAAGGAUGAUCCAGAAAAGCCUAUAAAAAGUCUGUUGGACGAUGAUCCUGAAUCUUUGCAAGGUAUCUACUUAUCCAGGCCUGAUAAUAUGGGCUCGCCAGUCACCUCAAUGGUCCCCAACUCGACCAUACCAGCGUCUCCUACUCUGUCAGGGAUCACUGGAUCUGGUCAAUUCCCUUCGGUGCCGCAAGACAAACUAGCUGAGACUUAUGACAUCCGACUGGUUAACUGGACAGACGGGAUGACCGCCUUGCGUAAAUCGCCAAUGCUAGUGCAGAAUGAGAACGGGCCUUGUCCGCUCUUAGCUCUCGUCAAUGGGUUCGUAAUGCGAAGCAAAGCUGAUUCGCCCUCACCUAUAACAAAAGCACUUCAGUCUAGAGAAAAAAUAUCUCUGGGUUUGCUGGUGCAAGCUCUGUUCGAUGAACUCACAUCCUACCCCGAUGGAGCAGACCAGCUUCCAGAUAUCGAAGCCCUCAGCUCUUUUCUUAUUAUGCUACAUACAGGGAUGAAUGUAAACCCUCAAUUAGUUCUGACAGAUUACCCCUGUGAUACCCCAGGUACCUUCCUCGAGACAAAUGAUAUCAGUCUCUAUAGCAGUUUUAAGUUACCGUUAGUUCACGGUUGGCUGGCAAAACCAUCUUCAGCCGCUGCCGCUGCACUAAAGCGAGUGGCUCAAAACUAUGAAGAUGUACAGCUGCUACACUUUCGCAAAGAAGAGCUGGAAGAUCGUGUCUUUCGUGGGGGAUCUCUAGAUCCUGAUGAGGAGAAGUUGAUUGAAGAUAUUGAUACAAUACAGCAUUUCGUCAACAUUGAAAAUGCUACGCAACUUAGUGUUUUUGGCUUGGAACAUUUAAAGAAAUGUCUUGAGCCUGGAUCAAUUUCAAUUCUCUUCCGAAAUGACCACUUCUCUACGCUGUUCAAGCACCCGUUGUCAUACCAGCUUUUCACCCUUGUAACAGAUGCUGGGUACGCUAGCCAUGCAGAAAUUGUGUGGGAAAGUCUGGUUGAUGUCAAUGGUUGUAACACUGGCUUUUUUUCAGGGGAUUUUAGGCCAGUUGGAAAUCUUUCGCCCCAGGUCUCUCUACAAAACACCAAGCAAGGAGGUCCUGUGACUUUCAGGAGGAUCAAUUCUAGGAGACAAUGUAAACGGGAGUGUAGAAGGGCUGACUGA